AUGCGGUCACAGGUGCGUGUUAUUAUUCGUACAAAACCUACUGAUACGGUGGCUAGCGCCUUCCGCAUAUUACCCAAUAAUGUUGUGUCUGUUUCCCGACCGAUGGGAGUGGGAGCACGAGGCCCAACAGCCACGAAAGCGGGCAUCAAUAGAGCUGAAACUGCUGUCAAGGAGGAAACACUCACUUUCUCAGCCGCUGCAGUACUUCAUAACGCAUCUCAGGAGUCAGUUUACAAUACCGCUGUAUCGGAUCUGAUUGAUUCCGUACUACAGGGUUACAGCUGCACGCUGCUUUGUUACGGACAGUGCGGGGCGGGGAAAACUUACACCAUGUUUGGAACCGACACCUUCUCCACACGUGGAUGUGUGCAGCGGGCGAUUGAGGUCCUCUUCGAAGCGAUACGCACCUCCACCGACCGAAGGUACACCGUCAAGGUAACUUUUGUGGAGGUGUACAAUGAACAGGUGUUUGACCUGUUGGGAAAAGGCCCGUCCGCGUCGGAGACGGCAGUUGCAACCAAGCGGCCCGGCCGUGACAAAAACGUUGAUGGCGGUUUCAACAGGCAGCGCACAGGUUCUCCCAACUAUGAUGUAGCGAACGUGCCCUCCAAUUCCAAAGGCGAUGGUAAAGCCACUGUAACCAUUAGCGGUGAGGGGACUGUUGUGCUUCGUGGGGUUGACGAACGGCAGUGCCCAACGGAGGCGGAUGCGGUGGCUGCCGUCUCUGAAGGGGUUGGGCGUCGCCUGACUGGUGCCAAUGCACUCAACCGUGAAAGUUCCCGUUCACACGCUGUGCUCACGGUUUAUGUUACAAGCACGAGUCUGUUGGACAGCGAUGCAGUUACUCUUGUUUCACGGAUGAGUUUUGUUGAUUUUGCCGGAAGUGAGAGGACGCACGCCACCAGCACAGAGGCGGAGAAACAGGAAGCCCACAUGAUCAACCGGUCGCUCAUUAUGCUAGAGCAGGUGAUACUUGCUGUGUCGUCUGCGCGGUCUCGGCACGUCCCUUUUAGACAAAGUAAGUUGACGAUGCUACUGAAGGAUUCGUUGGGGGGUGGGACUAUGACGACAAUUAUCGCGAACGUUUGGCCACAACCUGAGCAUAUGGAAGCGACACUCGCUACCCUGAACUUUGCUAAGCGUUUGAUGCGUGUGGAAUCCAAUCCCACCCCGAAUGUGGCGUUAGACCCUGAGGCCCAAAUCCGUGUACUGCAGAAGCAGGUGAACAGUCUCAAGUCGGAGCUUCGCAUGCAGGAUCAGUUCGCGGGUCGAGUGGCGAUCCCAACGGCUCCACUUGAAAGUGACGAGAUUAAUGGAGCUCGGGAUAUUGUGAUGGCGUACGUGGAGGGAUCCAUACCCCAAAUACGUGUCUCAUGCGUGCGUGAAAUGUAUGCAUGUUUUUCCGUAUUCAAGACGCUGCUGUUAGAUAUGGAAUCGCAGCUCCGUACCGCGGAACGGUCGGCGUCUCCGCCACCCACAAGCUCCCAGAGGGCUCAGCAGAGGACGAAAAACGUCGCCAGACCAACUGGCUCACAGGAGCCGAAGGAAACCCCACGACAUGUAAAUAGUACCAUGGAUGCCAAUGUUGGUGUGAGUGUUGGUACAGCGGAAAGGGCCAGUACUGCUCUAGGAGAUAUGUUUCAGCAACAGCAACUGCUGCAGCAGCAGCAACAACUACCACAACCAUUACAGUUACCAUAUCAGCAACAACAGCAUCACCAGAGUAUCACUAGCCCCCGGGAUACAUUUAUGCCUUCCACCAUGCGCCCCGGCGACAGGCGCAUUUCAGGUGCGGCAGCUGCAGCAGGAAGGACACUAACUCCUGUUACCAGUGCAUCUGCUGCCGCGUCGGAUUUUCCCGGUGGCUCAAAUACUACUCACCGGUUCAAAUUAAAUGCGUCCUCGGAGUCCGCGUCAAUGUUAGAAAGGGAUCUUGGGAAGGACCGUUCUCGGCCACAUGGUGGACGAGGUUCUGCAAUUGAAACCCGGCUUGAGCCUGGCGUCGCACCGACUGCUGGCUUUGUCGGUCCUUCCUCACCGGCGCCUGGUGGCAAAUCUUUAGUGCGGUUGGAAAGUAUAACACGCGACAAGCGUGCGGCUUUUGAAAUAUACAAACAAACCCCAUCGGGCAUAUGCCACGUUCAGGCCAUAAACUCAGCGCAAGAGAAACUCGCCCGCAAGAACGACGAGAUGCACCGCCUUCGGCAGAAGGUUAAGGAUGUUCAGGGAGUUAUGGAAAGGUACGGAAACUUUGACCCGAAGAGGGAGAACGCCGAGCCCGGCGGUGGUCAUUUGCCGUUUAUUGUCCCUAACGGGAGUCCUACACAACAUGUUUUUAAUGAAACAACUGCUGGCGAAACGGGAGCUGAGGCCAUGGCAUCGGCUACCGACAGCCCCGGACGUCCCACUGAUGCAUUAGACACGUCAGAGUUAGAGCAAUUAAUCAAUAUGAAACCCGAGGAGAGGAAGUUGCACUUGCGGCAUGUUACCACCGCGCUGACCCGAGCGAAGACGGAGCAAAGUCUAUUAACAUCCCAACUUGAUCGACUUCGUGAAGAAUUUAUGAACAACUUUAAUUACUGGCAUCAAAUGAGCUUACAGUCGUUAGUGGCACAACAGGUGGAUAAGGCAACGAUUCCCAUGCUCAAAGUGGAUACCAUUCCCAGCACGCGGUGA